CCAUAAACAAUUAUUAUAUUAUACAAUGAAUGGAAGUAUUAUGUACAAUAUUCCAAGAUUAGUUGAUAACCAUGAAGGAGAAAGUGAAAAACGUGCUCCACUACUAACCCUGCGGUUAAUAACGCUUAUGAUUAUGGUAUCUUUGUUGACUUUACAUCUGAAGUCUAUGAGAGUAUUUCGUUGGGAGCAUUCUGUGUCCGGAGGUUUACUGGUGACUUAUGCCAUUGCAGCCGCUGGUCUCGCGUUAUGUGCUGGUGCUGAACAUUGCGGUAGCAUAGCUCUACAGGCAUACUUGACCGGCAUGGGCGCAGUCUUUAUGGCGGUAAAUGCGGGAGUGAUUUGGAAGAGAUGGAGACAAGCGGGUGACUUGACGCUCGUCGUAGCUGAGUUGCUGAUCACUCUGGGUAUACGACUAAAGUGGCAAGUGAUCACCAAAGUUGUUCUCAGUGCCGCAGCCGCGGUAGCACUUCUAACUGACCUUAUUUUAAUAACUUUCUUAUAUAUUAAAUCGUCAUGA